AUGCCAAUAUUGAAGCAUUCAGUUGAUCAAAUAUCUAAAAGAGAUUACAGCUACUGGACCAGUAGUGGAAGUGCAAGAUGGGCUUUCUUUGCCGUGUUUAUACUUCUUGUCCUUUUUGUGGUAAUAGGGACCCUAAGAGUCAAUAAAAAGAGAGGACAACAAGGGAUUCAACCUAUUUAUGGGACUAGAUGGUUAACUCCUCCAUCAUAUAAUCAAUCACAGAAUCAAUAUAACCAACCCGAUCAUACAAGAGAUCCUGAUUUACCUGGUACUUAUGUUCCAACAUAUACUGAAAGAGCUAAUGAAUAUGAUAUGGGUUAUUACGAUAACCAAGGAGCUUUCCAUGUUAAUCCAAAUGCCAAAGCCGCAGACAUGGCUCCACCACAACCAGUACAUCAAAGAAAUACAAGUGUUGGAGAGAGAGGACCUGUAAGUUCAACUAUUCCUCAGAAUAGUGAUAGUACAACUAUUACCGAUGAAACUAAUGACAAUCAUGACGAUUUUUUCAGACGUCCUUCAGCUACGCAAUUUAGAAGGCCCAGUGGAGCCCCACCAACAACUGAUCCUACGACUAAUGUCAUGUAUAGAUCUCCUCCAGCAUCUAGAAUUCCAGGUGGUUUUGGUACAUCCGCUCCGGGUUUACUUUAA